GCGCGUUUUAUAUGUCAAACUAAAUCAUUAUUGAAUUGACAGUAUUUACUUAAUUUAAUUUAAAGUGAUUAAAUAGAAAAUGGCUGGUGUUUUAUUUGAAGAUAUAUUUAAUGUUAAAGAUAUUGACCCUGAGGGAAAAAAGUUCGAUCGUGUGAGCCGACUUCAUUGCGAAUCAGAAUCAUUCAAAAUGGAUUUGAUUUUGGAUAUAAAUUCGUGGCUAUAUCCAAUGGAAUUAGGUGACAAGUUCCGUUUGGUCUUAGCUACAACCUUGAGAGAAGAUGGCUAUCCAGAUGGUGGAGAAUGGAAUCCAACAGGUCUUGAAAAUGAAGGCUCUCGUGCCGAUUCCUUCGAAUAUGUUAUGUAUGGAAAAGUGUAUAGGAUAGAAGGAGAUGAAGCGAAUAUUGAACCUUCUGCUAGAUUAGCAGCAUACGUUUCGUUUGGAGGUCUUCUGAUGAGACUUCAAGGUGACGCCAACAACUUACAUGGAUUCGAGGUGGAUCAACAUAUGUACUUGCUAAUGAAGAAACUAGCCUUCUAAAAAAAUCAUACAAAUCAUGAUAUUCACUUAAAUGUAAUAAAAUAAUUAGUUGAAUCAACUAU